UGUUUUUGUAUGUGGGAUUGAUCAUUUGUUUACUCAUAUUUCCGUUAUUUUAUCUAGAAUGCACUUACAUGUAUAGAUUAACAAGAUGCUUUAACGUUUCAAGCAAAAUGUAUGUUUUAACAAAGUCCUUAAGUUUAACCAAUAUAUUAUUGUGCUUUUUAUUUGACAUUACAGCGUCUCAAGAUUUCUCAAGCAGUGAUAAUAUUGAUAUCUCAAUUCAACGCUGCACACUUAACGUAAACUGGACAUCAGAAAAAGCAGAUGGCUGUAAUCUUAGUUAUCGGGUAAAACUGUAUCAGAAUGAAACAGAGAUAGCCACUAUAGAUACCGCAGCAUUGAGAUACUCCAAAAAUGGCAUAGAUUCAGACUCUUACUUUCGCAUCGAAAUUACACCAAUGCUUCGUUGUAGGAACAACUCUAAUUUAAAUGGAAGGAAAAGGGUAAAGUCCAUAAGCUCUAUUCCAGAUGGACAAUCAGAGUAUAUCACGAAAAAUAUAUCCGAAAACGUGGCAUUAGAAUGUCCUCUUAAAGGAGCGUAUCAACCUUUAAAAGUGGAAUGGCAGCACAUACUUGGAAUAAAUAGCGCAGUUGUAAGAACAUUCCCAACAGAGUUAGUUAAUCUUCAACGUGUGUCAUACAAAGACAUGGGACGAUAUAUUUGUACCAUAGUAUAUACUUCGUGUGGAACAUUGAUGUCAGCGGAAAAAUCGAGGAGUUUUGUCACCUUAAGUGUAAAUGGACCACCUUUUAUAUCUUCGUCUCAAGAAACCGUCAGUGUAAGUCUUGGAGGAAACUUGACAUUAGAGUUGAAUGUUAUUUCAUUUCCACCACCCAAUAGUCAGGUAGUUAUUAAAAACUUGAACGGGUUGGCCAUAUUUCGAGAAAUGGUGUCCUUCACAACUGGAUUAACACCGCUGCAAGCAUUUGGAAAGAUUAUCGAAGUCGAGGGGUACAACACAAAGCUUUCCUUGAUGAACAUUUCACAGGAAUGGAUUGGAACAAACACAAUUAUCGUGUCCAAUAGCUUGGGAAAUCAUUCCUUCAAAAUUACUUUUUACAAUUAUUCAGAUAAAGAAAAGAAUAAUUUUUUCGGUAAGAUUUUUUGCACGUGCGCUUUGCUCUGA